GUUCUCACUUUCUCAUCUCAAGAACGCCGAGCAUAUAUUCCGCCGGAAUUGAAGAGAAGGUUAUGUGAAUUGAGCGGCAAGACGAGCACCUGUGACUUCAAUGAGGCUCUGCCAUUUCUGAAGCGUAUGGAUCUUUCCCGCUCUCUACUACCAGAGCGUAUGGUAUGGUCGUACGGUCUUCAAAUGUCCCGGAAUGAGCUUUUCUUUGAUGACAUCCAGGUACAGUCUACUCCGGUCGACGACGAAAACUACUCGAAAUGGUCGAUUUGCAAGUAUCACCCUGAAUUGCUGCCUUGCAAAUGGGACCCACUGAAGAAGAUCACUAUUCCAAUAAUUCGUUAUGAACCUCAAAGCUUCCCGUCACCUCCGAACUUCGUCAAAGCCGAGCCCGACAUCUUCGCUGUCGACCUUUCACAGGCGACAGCGAUCAUGAAGCCGUUGGUCGAGCCCAAAGAUGCAUUCAAAGCCAAGGAAAGUCUAGUUCUACGUGGCUCAAAGAUCGAUAGCCAAGCAUCGUAUACUUCACGCAAUUAUGGUCCAGGCGGGCCUAAAGAGAAUAUACAUCCUCGUUACGAUGGCAAACUUAACGUUGAGAAUGAGCUGAAAAUGAGUCAACAAAGGAGGCCCAUUGCCUCUCCAGAAACGGAAGAGUUCGACGAGAAUAUCCUCAUGGCCAAUGACGACGUGUUUGGAGGGUGA